AUGCUCCUCAGGCUGCUCUCCCUGCUGCUGGUCGCCAAGCUGCACCUCGCCCUGGCCCAGCCGCCGGCACCUGCCGACGACGGAGCGCCGCCGCCCCCCGCUGCAGCCUCCCCGCCGCCCCGGCCCCGGCCCGGCCCUCCCCCCGGGCCGCCCCGCGGGGCCAGCGGCGUCGUGCGGCGCCUCGACCCGACCUACGCGGGGGGCGGCAAGGCGGGCUACGUUCUGUACGCCGGGGGCCAGCGCUUCCUCCUCGACCUGGAGAGGGACGAGGCGGUGGGGGCGCGGGCGCCGCGGGCCGGCGGGCCGCCGCGCUGCUACUACCGCGGCACGGUGGACGGCAGCCCGCGCUCCCUGGCCGUCUUCAACCUCUGCGGCGGCCUCGACGGCUUCUUCGCCGUGGGUCGCUCCCGCUACACCAUCAGGCCGGCACGGCGCGGCGGGGAGGCGGCCGGCCCGCGGAUCUACGGGGAGGGCCCGGCCCGCGUCCCGCACCUCUUCCGCAGGGAGCGCUUCAGCUUCGAGACGCUGCCGGCCCGCACCAGCUGCGAGACCCGCGACCCGGCGGCGGCGGCGGCCGCAGGGGAUCGCCGGCGGAGGCGGCGGCGUCGCUCCGUCUCCCGGGCCCGGCAGGUGGAGCUGCUGCUGGUGGCCGACGCCUCCAUGGUGCGCAAGUACGGGAAGGGGCUGCAGCACUACCUGCUCACCUUGUCCUCCAUCGCCUCCCGGCUCUACGCCCACGCCAGCUUGGAGAACCACGUCCGGCUGGCCGUGGUGAAGGUGGUGGCCCUGGGCGAGAAGGAGAAAGGCCUGGAAGUCAACAGGAACGCUGCCACCACUCUCAAGAACUUCUGCAAGUGGCAGCACCAGCACAACCGCCUCGACGAUGACCACGAUGAGCACUAUGAUGCCGCCAUCCUCUUCACCCGUGAGGAUUUAUGUGGGCAUCAUUCAUGUGAUACUCUGGGAAUGGCAGACGUUGGGACCAUAUGUUCUCCUGAGCGCAGCUGUGCAGUGAUUGAAGAUGAUGGCCUCCAUGCAGCUUUUACAGUGGCUCACGAAAUUGGUCAUUUGCUUGGGCUUUCCCAUGAUGACUCCAAAUUUUGUGAGGAGAACUUUGGCUCCAUGGAAGAUAAGCGCCUGAUGUCCUCCAUUCUGACUAGCAUUGAUUCUUCAAAACCCUGGUCCAAAUGCACUUCAGCAACUAUAACAGAAUUUUUCGAUGAUGGUCAUGGUAACUGUUUGCUGGACCAACCACGAAAGCAGAUCCUGGGCCCCGAGGAGCUUCCAGGACAAACCUACGAUGCUAUUCGUCAGUGCAAACUGGCGUUUGGACCUGAGUACACCGUGUGUCCCGGCAUGGAUGUGUGCUCUCGCCUCUGGUGUGCAGUUGUUCGCCAAGGUCAGAUGGUUUGUCUGACUAAGAAGCUGCCUGCUGUGGAGGGAACACCAUGUGGAAAAGGGAGGAUCUGCCUCCAGGGAAAAUGUGUUGACAAAACCAAGAAGAAAUACUACUCAGCUUCAAGCCACGGUAACUGGGGGUCGUGGGGACCUUGGGGCCAGUGUUCCCGUACAUGUGGCGGAGGAGUUCAGUUUGCGUAUCGUCACUGCAACAACCCGGCUCCCAGGAACAACGGCCGGUACUGCACGGGCAAGAGGGCCAUCUACCGCUCCUGCAACGUCGUGCCCUGCCCUGCCAACGCUAAAUCUUUUCGGCAAGAGCAGUGUGAAGCAAGGAAUGGCUUUCAGUCUGAUGCAAAGGGUGUCAAGACUUUUGUUGAAUGGGUCCCCAAGUAUGCUGGAGUACUUCCCGGAGAUGUUUGCAAGCUCACCUGCCGAGCCAAAGGAACUGGAUAUUACGUGGUAUUUUCUCAGAAGGUAACUGAUGGUACUGAAUGUCGACCGUACAGUAAUUCAGUCUGCGUCCGGGGAAAAUGCAUCCGAACUGGUUGUGAUGGCAUCAUCGGUUCAAAGCUCCAGUACGACAAGUGCGGGGUGUGCGGAGGAGACAAUUCCAGCUGUACAAAAGUCAUGGGAACCUUUACCAAAAAGAGCAAGGGCUACACAGACAUAGUGAAAAUCCCAGAAGGGGCAACUCACAUCAAAGUUCGGCAGUUCAAGACUAAGGACCAGAGCAGGUUCACUGCUUACCUGGCCCUGAAAAAGAAAAACGGUGAGUACCUUGUCAAUGGAAAAUACAUGAUCUCCACAUCAGAAACAAUCAUUGACAUCAACGGGACUGUCAUGAACUACAGCGGCUGGAGCCACAAAGAUGAUUUCUUGCACGCAAUGGGACACUCUGCCACAAAAGAAGUUCUUAUUGUGCAGAUACUCGCCACUGAUCCAACUCAACCGGUGGAUGUCCGCUACAGUUUCUUCGUGCCAAAGAAGCAAGGGCAAAUGACUAACUCUGUCUUCAGCAGUGGCAGCAGCAGCAGCAAAGUAACUCCACAGCUCACGCAACCCCGCUGGGUUACGGGGCCGUGGCUUUCAUGUUCUCGAACAUGCGACACAGGAUGGCACACCAGGACUGUCCAGUGCAAAGACGGGCAUGGAAAAUUAGCUAAGGGAUGUCUUCUCUCUCAGAGACCGUCAGCAUUUAAACAGUGCUUGUUGAAAAAGUGUUAACCUGUGGUUGUGAUCUUCUUUAAAAGAGGUUUGAUUAAGCCAUUGCUGACAUACUGGUAUUAGGUCUGCCCAGACAGAGAGAAGCAAAGGCUUCAAUGUACUUACAUACAGUCUCAAAUUAUGGGCAGAAUCUGCCUAUUUGGACCAAAUGAAGAUGUGCACUGCUUUAAAUAAUAAUAGGGUGAUCUUAAUACGUCAAAAAAAAAAAAAAGCAUUAAAGUUAUUAUAAGCCCUCUGUGCCUGCAAAAAUAUAAGAUAAAAUAAUGCAAAAGAAGAAAAACUAGUGAAUGGAGGAUCCUGGGAUAUUUGAAGGUUACAGAAUCAUCUCCCCUUUUUCACCUACCUCUAAUACAGUAUGUCCUUAGAACAUGUCACAUGUACCCAUGACACCACAGUAGCUUAUUUUAUACUGUUUUGUAAAUAUCUUUCAUUUGGUAUGUCACUUUAUAUCACUUGGUUCUAUUAAAAAAUCAAAAGAUGAACUUCAUAAGCAAAGUGAUUGACCAAAGUUUAUCUGCAGCCCUUGUGGAUUUGGUCCAUUCUUCAGUAAGGGCUGCAGAUGUUUUACUGGAAAAUGAAGAGCUUGCUGCUGGUUUUAAAAAGUAAUACCUUUUGGUUUUGACAAAAGGAAACACAUUUUCAUGCUAUGAAUUUCCUGACAACGGAUCAUUGUUCUAUGACAAAUAUUGUGUUUUCGCCAAGAAAUUCUCAGAAGAAGCACUGCAGCAGCUUGCAGAGCAAGGAUCCCCACGUAUACAUUGCUCAAAUACCAGUACCACCAGCAACUCCUCACCGUGUGUAUGUCUGACACGCAGGAGGAGGAUUUGGCUGCUAGAAGGAAUUUGUGUACACUUUGCUUGUGAACCUUCCACUAGUUCCAGCUGUGUCACAGCCUGGGGUCCUCGUUGUUGAUGAACAAUAGCUGCUAGCUUCUUCUUUCCAUAAAGCAAAGGCAUACUGUAUUUUGUAGAAACUAGUUAGAGAACCAAAAAUUACAGGUAAGAUAAUCAAGCAUCUCCUAACUCAGUUAUUCUGAAACUGUGUUCAACUGCUUUCUCUGUUAUGUUCUCUAUGGCUUCCACCUUGAAUCUAACAAUGUGUAAUGUACCUACAUCUUUUGAAGAGGCUAUAAAGGUCAAAAAAACACAGCAAGCAGUUAAUAUUUUAUCACUGUUUUGUCCAUCAUGUCUAACUCUGGUAUUCAUCUUACCAGCAAAAGUUUGUAACUAUUUGUCUUUUUUUAUUGUUUUGUGUGUGGUUUGGGUUUUGUUUUUUUUAAAAAGCUAUAGAAGACAUUCAUGUUUCGUAUAUCUACCACAUUUGGGAAGAAGAGGGGUCACUACCCUGUUUCCCCAGAAAUAAGACCUACCCCAAAAAUAAACCCUAGCAUGAUUUUUCAGGAUUUUUGAGGAUGCUUGAAAUAUAAGCCCUACUCCAAAAAUAAGCCCUAGUUACAGUUCAUUAAAAAAAAGUAAAUAUAAAUAGUGUCCAGGCAGCUAUACAUGUAAAAAAGUAAGCAUCUUUUGGAGCAAAAAUUAAUAUAAGAUCCUGUCGCAUUUUGGGGGAAACAGGGUAGGAAGUCAAACCACAUCAGGAUGUGGAGGACUUGCCCAUUAUCAAUAAGACUGUUUCCACAGUACAGGCAGUAGCUGGUAAUAAUUUUCAUUGGCAGCAAUUUCUGAAUCCCGUUAUUGUCUGGUAGAAAUUCUGUGACCCAAGAAUGGGCAUUUCACUUUAUGCAGAUAACAGGUGGAGGCCUGAGAGCAACCCUGUUAUAAUUGCUUCAUUUUAUAUCAGCGGGCUUUGAAUUAAGCCCUAAAAUAACAUGAACCAAAAAAAAAAGGGAUAUAACACACUGAUGAAAAUAGAAUUCCAUCUUUUUAUUCCUUUGUUCCUCCACAAAGGAGGGUAUGGGGAGGAUUAUCAGACAAGCCUUACAGCUGUAAAGUCAGGGGUACUCGAUCACUGAAAUACCCCUGGCUUUUCUGAAAAUCCCGGUCAUGAAAUCAGUAAACUUGUUGGUAUGUGUAGCAAGAAGGGCAGGUCUCGCUCCAGGCUGACACAAACAUGUUUUCGCAACUGUGACAUGUUUGUAUGAGCUCUUAGAAAGCAUGUGAUGAUUUCAAAACAGCAUAAAGUUGCUUCAUCUGCAAGUACGAAACCUGGAAAAGGAUCUAUUUUUGUACCCGGUUUUAAAUAAACAGCAAUACGGGCAGAGCAUCCUCCUCUGUCAAAGUGAAUUGCAAACUAGUGAUCUUCACCUUCCAAGAAUGGCAUGGCCUUCUUAUUAGGAGUAGUCCUAUGCAAAACUGUGGAUCUUGAGGAAAAUUCCCCACUUAAUCUCUGUUCCCAACCUAAGAAGUAAGAUCAAGGCUCUGAAUAUUUGCAGAGUUCUGGAAAAUUAAGAUUUAUGCCUUCUCUAACAUAGAUCACUUUGAAGUGUCUUAUUUUCCUUUCAAGUAAUCUAAUUUUUGUACUUACAUAUGUACUACAUAUGUUCUAGAACCUCUCAAAAAAGUUCAUAACAAAUAGAAAACAUCAUGAGAGGAAAAAUAAGGAGACUUAAUGUGUCUCAGUGUAGACUUAACAUUUGUCUCUGCAUACAGCUGCUCUAUUAAGUGGCAUUUGUUUCCUGAGUUUUAUCAUAAUAGAGGCAGAAUGUGCAAGUAUUUGCGUUUGCAUCAUAGUAAUAAUUUAUUAUAUAUUCAACAGGACGAGUAAAGCUUUUGGAUGAUAUUCAGGCUCCAGAAGAGUGAUAUCGUAAGCGGGUAGAAAAAUAAAACUUCCUUAGAUUAAGAGUAUCUUUUGUUCAUAGAAAGAGUUUAUUUAUAAAAAAUAAGUAUGAGAACGAACCACUAUAGUGAUUUUUCCCUUUUCACCAGGGUAGUGAUGAAGCAAAUUGGCACAAGCAAAAAGCAGUUGCCUUUACACGGUGAGGGAGCAAAGGGGACAGACCAAGGAAGCAACCCUGGAAGUGUGAGAUAAACCGGGUCAGCCCUGCUGUCGUUAACACUUGCUUUUUGGCUGUUCUUUGUAAUCAGACUCCGAUUCCAAACCUUGCUUUUGUCAGUCAGAGCUAUUUCAUGUAACUGAUGAAUGAAAAAUUGGUGCAAGGUAUGUGACUUUGUCACCUCAGCCUCUGUUCUCAGCUAAAUUCCUCGUCACUCACACUGUUAUGUCAUUGUUUACAUUACUACUGACUGUUGCCAAACAGGAGUCAUAAAAUGCAUCUAGGGGUUAGAAGCCCAGAGUGUUGCUCUUUGCAUAGAAAGAAACAAUCCUCAGUGUUACAUUCACUGCUGACUUUUUGGGACACGUCCCCAGUGCCCCUGGGUGGAGCUGGACCCCUAAGAUCAGUGGGUUUUAGAGCAUCUGCUUUUCAAAUAAGACAUUCUCAUUAGAAGAGAGCCUAUCAUCUUUAGUUUGACUGUAUACAAGAAAUUAAAUUUAGCUGCCCUCCUGUGGAAGCAGUUUUAUCACAAGGGGGAGAGGGAAUAAUCUUGUGGAUUAAUCGCAAUUGUAAAAAAAAAAAAGAAAAAAGAAAAAAAGUAACACAGCACUGAAAAAAAUAAAAUAAUUUAUUGUUUUUACAACUGGUAUGUGAACUGAUGUAAUGAAUUUAUUUAUUCUUAUUUAACAAAAAUACCAAUUGUGCAAAUUCUAUAUUUAAAAUGUUUUACUAUCGUCUCUGUCUCUCUCUUUCUCACUCUCAUUUAAUUUAUGCUUCAAAUUUAUGUUGAAAGUACGCCUCGUGAGUUUACAUAAUGUAUAGCACUGGUUAUUUUUUGUAUGUUUUUAUUUAGAAAGCUUUCUGCAAGAAACAAGAGUAUAUGUGUAUACGUGUGUGCCCACUGUGUAGAUGUAUAUUCUCUUUCUGCUACCAUCUUUUUCUUAGACAAGUUGUAGGUCUUUAAUUUAGCGACACCUCAUGCUCAAAGCUCUUUGUUACAAUUCACUUUGAAAAUCUCUCACCUAGCAAGUCAUAAAUGGCUGUGGACCAAAAAGAGACAAAAAACCCAACACAGAAGCUCCUAGAAAAGCCAGACAACAGACUGGCCUUGCAGAGGUGCACGCAGGUGAUGCUGCUGCCUCAGCGAUUUACCACCCAAGCUGGUCAGUCUUACCCUUGGCUUCAACGGGAGCAAGCUCAGACUUGUAGGAAAUGAGAGUCCUCUGUGUGAAUGAAGUUUCUCUGAGUUGUCAGGUUGGCAAGUGGGUCUUCUCUCAUGCAGCUUCUUACAUUUAAGUGAAAACACUGCGGAGAAGCUCUCGUGUGCCUCUUUAAAAACAGAGCUGAAACAACGUACCAUUUGGGUUAUGAACCAUUAAGCUACUUUUUCAGUCUUUUCACCAUUUAUAUACAUACAUAAAUAUGUAUAUAUGGCUAUAAAAAGUCAAAAGUUCGAUUUGGAAGGCUUCACAAUGUUUUACUUCAUUGUAUUCUAGCUCUUUGCACGACAUCAGGCAAAGUCAGAUGCAAGAAAGCCAGCAAAGCAUGCGUUUCCUUGAAAAUAACAAUAUGUUUGCUUCCACUUUUCGUCCAGUCCAACUACUGCUGAACUCAAGGGAACGGGUAUCGAGCCCAGUGUAAGGAAAAAAAAUGCAAUAUAGACAAACCUACAGCUUUUCUACAGUCAGUUUAUUUAACAAUACAACUGACUUCUGUAGCCACUUCACCCUAAGGACAAAACUACAAACUGCAAAUAAUCUAUUUCAAACUGUUGAAAGUUAUCUUGCUUGUCAGUGCCCACCGGGUUAAACUCCAGCUCAGCCUCUCUGCCCAGUGACGGCUGCCGUCUGGGCACCACCAAAGCCCCAGCGCCAGCCACAAGGCUUUGGAUGUAACUGCGAUGGCCAGUGGGUGAUGCUGGCCUUUGGCGAUCUUUAGGGCAGGCUUUAAAAAGGUUUUGUAAGGAUGAAACAUCAAUAAUUGUGGGUUUUCAGCAAUACGUUUAGGUGAGUGUUUGUCCUCGUGCUAAUGCAUGCCAUGUUGUUCUUCGUCACUGAGGAAGAUGGAGCCUACGGCAAGAGGCAAAAUUAGAUUCUCUGAGCAUGGGCUGCAAUUUUCAGGAAAAAAAAGUUGCUGGUUUGGAGGGGUUUGUUUCUUAAUUAAGUGAUCAGUUUUUUAGAGCUACCAGAGUGUAUAAUUACGUUUUUACUUGUUACUGGUAAUAUUUUCAAGAGGGUUUUGUUCCUGUGGGUACACUGAUACUAGCUUACAUAGUAAAGCUACUUCAACAUUCUUGUUUCGAAUAACAUUGCAAAUGGAGCUGUUUCUGGUUUGUCACGUGUACCAGUAAUGACUCUUAACAUAUGAGAAAUUAUUAGGACCUCCGCUUUGGGGGUUAGAAGAUGUUACUAUAAGUACAAGUUUUCAGUGAUAGCAUUCAAAAUUUGAAACACCCCAAACAUAUUCGUAGUCUUCCAGGUGAGUGGUGUACGAACUUCUCUCCAGACACUGUACCAAACAUCUGGACAUUGUCCCGCCACUCUGCACACUGCAGAGUUGCAGGUCGAAAACAAAACUCACAGUUGUUUUGCCCUGGAAGUUGCCUGUAGAGGCUCAUGGUCACCAUAAGGACAUUAAAAUCGUUUCCACGUACAUCAGUGUUGCAUGGUCUAUGCUGAAACACGUACAUGGGCACAUGUAGAACUUAACUGUGGCUAAAUGCAAACGCAUAGUUUUUGUGUGUGCAUGCGUAUACUUGUGUAUCUAUAAACACAUCCAUGUACGUAUAUAUACACAAAUGAGUUUGUGGGUCCCCAUUACUCGCACUCACAGGGCAAAAUAGUUACGCUGGUUUUAGUUAUACCUAUGUAAAUUCAGAGUAACUUCAUUACAUCACUUGGCUUCGCAGGAGUUGCUUCAGACUGAUACCACUUUAAGUGACAGCAUAAUUUGUCUUUUAAUUUAUAGGAACUGGUUUACACAAUUUAUCAUAUGAACUGUGAAAUUUUGAGCUAGUUUAUCAUAGGGAACCUACUGGCAGUCAAGCCUAUAUGCAUUGUUGAAAUGCCAUCAGAUACAGGAAAUAAUAUACUGAAUUCAAGUAAUUUGGAGACAGUGUAUACUCCUGUACAGCAAUAAAUUAAUUUAAUAUCUAUUGCCAGGUCAUCUGCCUAACAUCAGAUGAGAUAAAACAAGAGAGGUGUUGUAGGCAAGACCAACGGGAAAGCAAAACGUUUGGUUUUGCUUAGUUUAUUUCAUGUGCCUCUUUAUACAUUUUAUUGGUGUCAGCAUAUUCUGGGAAGUGUCGCUUUGCGCAUUACAGAUAACUUGGCUGAAACACCCCUUGAAAAACCAAGAUGUGUCACAAAACUUCUUUUCAUCCUGCUAUGUGUUUAUUUGAAGAGAGUUAACAUUUUCAGAGCACUACUAUGUCAGCCAGUUUACAUCAUAAAUAAUAUGUUAUGCAAAAUAUAAAUUCGUUUGAACUGAACUGUACAAGGUCUACACUGUACUAUGACACAUUGAAGGCCAAUAUUUUGUUUUGUAAACUAUUACAUAUGUAUAAUUUACCAGUUGUAAACUUAAAUCAUUUGAUUCUGUGAUUUCAGUAAAAGUAAUAAAUACAAACUGUAUCGUAGGUCCAAAA